UAAACGUAUACCAUUCGUAUCCAACAUCUAGUACGCAUACGAUUAAUAUACGUUUCAUAAAAUGACAUUCAUCGAGGGUUUUUGAAGGGUUUUGCAAACAAUAUCAGGAAAAACCUAGUGCGCAAGCCUGCCUACCAGGGCCAUUCAAGAACCAGAGACCUACAAAACAGUAUUUUGCGAGCUAAAUUGUGAGACAAGUGCGUUCGGGAAAUUACAAUGAACAAUUUUUUAAAACUGAGAGCUGCAAGUUUUGGUCAAAACUCAAUCAUUUUGGCCCUGGGAAGCUCGAGUUCCGCCAAAUUUUAAACUCAGAAAGUUUGAUAGAAACAAAUUCGUAUUUCUAGCCACAUUAGGCUUUUCCCUCAUUUGGCAUCCUAUCUAAUGCUUAAAGUGCUAUCGCCUUCGACUUCUUCUUCACAGAGUCUGAUAAGAAGACUCGCGUUCGGAGUUUCGAACCCAUGCCUUCCUAGCAGUAUUCUUCCGCGGGGCGGCAGGUCACCGUUGCUGCGGUUUUGGGAGCAGAAUAACGAUGUGGUUCAUUUGGCGUAUCGAUGGCGCUGUUUUUGCUCGGAUUCAGGAAAAGGCGGCGACGGUUCGGACGCCGGGGGAUCGUCGGAGGGAGGUUCUUCAGGUGGGAGCGGCGGGAACGUUAAGGGAGAGGCGGCGGGUGCUGCGGUUGAAGAAGCGCCCUUGAAAGCAUCUUCGUCGGCAAUUGUUUCAACCAAUCCACGUCCAGAGGAUUAUCUGACGGUCAUUGCUUUGCCACUGCCACAUAGGCCUUUGUUUCCAGGUUUCUAUAUGCCAAUUUAUGUGAAGGAUCCAAAACUUUUAGCUGCAUUGAUAGAGAAUCGUAAGAGAUCUGUACCUUAUGCUGGUGCUUUUUUGGUCAAAGAUGAGGCUGGAAGCGACUCUCGUUUUGUGUCUGGUAGUGAAACAGAGAAAAAUAUAUAUGAAUUGAAAGGGGAAGCUCUUUACAAGCGUUUGCAUGAAGUUGGCACAUUGGCUCAGAUUACUAGUAUACAAGGUGAUCAAGUGGUUCUAAUUGGCCACCGACGUCUGCGGAUCACUGAGAUGGUUAGUGAGGAUCCCCUUACAGUUAAAGUGGACCACAUUAAGGUUUGUAUCUCUCUUGUUUUUUUUCAUUAUAUAUUUUUUUCUUCUAAGAUCUUCGUACUUUCCACUAAAGAAAUUUUGUGCUAG